UGAUAAGUGGUACAUUCACUUGGCCAGUACCCACCGGAAGUCUGGGGCUCUUCUGGGUAAAACUUCGUAUGAAUCAGUGUAAAAGUGAAGUAUCCCAAUUCGGACGAAACUCUGUUAUUGUAUAUGGAAAUGCUGGAAGUUCUCGGCUCACAAAUACAUCCGAAAACGAGACUGCUUAACGUGUUGUGCGUUCCCAACCUAACAUUCCUGAUGUUUUCCCGUGUCUGUUAAUGGAUUGUUGCUCGAGGUCUUUGAGCAUGUUAUAUCUUAAGUCGAUAAGAGGAUUAUGGCUUCUUGUAACAUGCCUCAUCUUAUUAGGGAUCUUCACCAGGAGCUUCUUGGGCUCAGAGGAUACAGAUGAGUCCACUUCUGAAGCCCGACAACGCCACCCAGAGACCCGGGUUCACAUUCUACAAUAUUUUGGCAAUGACAAAACAGAACCAGACGAUGUGAUACGUCGUUUUCGAAGGCCCCAAAUCGACGUGGCCCAAAGUCUAAGCACUCCCCCAUCCCGCAACUUUGAAGCGAGACCAAAGUUUCAUUAUACCGAGGAUCUGUUUUGCUUGGACAAGGACAUCUUCCCCAAGAUCGUCGAGAGAGGCUCCUACUGGGUGUUUCAAAACUACAUUCCAGCUCAACGCAGCUUUCAUUGUAAUGAGACGAUUACUUAUACAACCCACGCGGAUCCGACCUUCUUGGACAAUUUAGAGCCGCUCCUUGAGCGUUGGCAAGGCCCGGUCAGCUUGUCAGUCUAUGCUCCAGGAACAGAUUUUAAUAAGGCUGUCAAGGCUAUAUUGUACCAACGCGAGUGCUCCCACUCCAAUCUCGUGAAAGAUUUCGUUACAUUCCAUCUGUUUUUUGAUCACAUACAUCUGCCUCCCUCCAAAGAAAAAAUACUGAAGACCAAGGACAUUCUCAACAUGACGAUUCAAUGUGAAAAUGUUACCUCCUCGGUGGCAUUCCCACCCAAAGAGAGCCUCUUUAAGAACAUUCAUGAGCUUACUUAUCCUGUGAAUGUGGCUCGAAAUGUGGCUCGGGAAUCGGCCAAUUCCUACUUUGUCUUUCCCUCCGAUAUCGAGUUAUAUCCUAGUCCAGGUCUCAUUCCCUCCUUCUUGGCCAUGAUCAAAAGAAAUGACCCCAUCCUCCGAUCCCCUAAACCCAAAGUGUUCGUGAGCCCCAUUUUUGAGAUCGAGAGCGGUCAAUCCUUGCCAAACAAUAAGAGGGACCUGCUGAAACUACAUUCCGAGGGAAUAGUUAAGCCGUUUCACGCAUCAAUAUGUUCUCAUUGUCACAAAGUUCCAAAAUGGAAUGAAUGGAUGAAAGACUCGAACUCAACUAAGAUGGAAGUGUUCACGGUUGGUAAACGUGUGAAUGAGUUCCAUCAUUGGGAACCCAUUUUCAUUGGUACUCACGCAGACCCGUUAUAUGACGAGCGGUUGAGCUGGGAAGGCCAAGCAGAUAAAAUGCCUCAUGGCUACGUCAUGUGCGUCCAAGACUAUGAGUUUCACGUCCUGAACAACGCCUUUCUCGUCCAUAAACCCGGUGUGAAGCCUCGUGAUGUGGCCAGGCCCUUAAAAAAGAAGCAAAAAAUCCGCCAACAGACCCAAUUAAUAAAAGGAAGGAUCAUGCCAGAGCUGAAGAGAAUAUUUGGAACCAAAAAAGGAUGUUCAUUUUAGUUCAGAAAACAGGUAUUUUUUCAAUAUAUCAGAGAUGAAUGUAUGUUAUUACACAAACCGAUGACAAAGUAAAAAGCUUAUAAUUUGA